AUGAAGGUUCCAGAUGGUUUUUCAAAUCCACAAAAUCAGGUAUGCUUACUUAAAAAGUCUAUAUAUGGUCUCAAACAAGCAUCAAGACAAUGGUUUCACAAAUUACAGAUUUCUUUAACAACAAAAAAUUUUGUUCAAUCAAAAAAUGAUUAUAGCCUCUUCAUAAAGAAGGAUGGCAAUCACAUUACAAUCAUUGCUGUCUAUGUUGAUGAUAUUAUUCUAACUGGAAAUGAUGCUAACUGCAUUUCCCAAAUCAAGAACUAUCUUCAUGAUACAUUCAGCAUUAAAGACUUAGGCAUUUUGCAUUAUUUUUUGGGCUUGGAAGUUGCUUACAUUGAUGCAGGAAUCUUUCUUUCUCAAGCUAAGUUCACCCAAGAUCUCCUUAAAGAAUCAAAACAACAAACAUUCAAAAAUGUUGUUACUCCUCUGCCACACAAUCUACACUUAACUACUGAUCAGGGACCCCUUUAUGAUGAUCCUAGUUAUUACAGGACCAUGGUUGGUAAAUUGAAUUUUUUAACCAACACAAGACCUGAUCUAGCCUUCACAGUUCAAUAUCUCAGUCAGUUCAUGCAAAAUCCUCGUCUUCCACAUGCCUCUGUUUUACAACACGCAUUGAAUUAUGUUCAUACUACAACAAAUCAGGGCAUCAUCAUCAAAGGGUCUGAUCAAUUGAAACUUCAAGCUUAUUCUGACUCAGAUUGGGCUUCAUGCCCAAAUACCAGAAGGUCCAUCACAGGAUGCAUAUUAUUAUUAGGAUCCUCUCCAAUCAGCUGGAAAUCCAAGAAGCAAAGCACAGUUUCAAGAUCCUCAAGUGAAGCUGAAUAUAGAGCCAUGGCAUCUGCAGCAAGUGAAGUUACUUGGUUGGUCAGGCUUUUGGAAGAACUUCAAUUAACAUCUUUGAAGCCUGUUCUUCUACACUGUGACAACAUCAGUGCUAUACAUAUUGCCAAGAACCCUGUCUUCCAUGAACGAACUAAACACAUUGACAUAGAUUGUCACUUCACAAGAGACAAGGUCUUGGAGGGGCUUCUUCAGCUCACAUAUCUUCCAACUCAGAAUCAGUUAGCUGAUGUUCUAACUAAGAUAUUGCCUUCUCAUCAGCACCAUCAAUUACUAAGCAAACUAGGGAUCUGUGGCGCAAUGGUAGCGCGUCUGACUCCAGAUCAGAAGGUUGCGUGUUCGAUUCACGAGGUGACAUUAUUUAGAAACUUUUCUAGUGAUCGCGGAGAGCCAGACUUAGCUUCUUGA